GGCUCUCUGCCUACGAUAUAAUAAUUCACGGGUUAAGUCCUAGGAAUUAUUACUAUGUUAUAGUGGCUAGUGGCAGUUACUUUUUAAUGGGAUUUUCAGCCGUCUUGCUUGGGUUAAGACGUCUGGUAGCUGUCAAUAAUGCAUUAAUGAAAAUACCUACAUCACGAUUACCUAUUAAUAAAAAGAGUUUGCCCAGAUCUGUGUAUAACCUCAUCAUGCUCGAGCUAGAACGAGUGUCCACUAUUUCUUGGGAAAGUGAACCGAUAUCCGAAGAAAGUGGUCAAUUAGGGUGGGGUCGACCAGAAAAGAAUGCUUACGAGCAUUGUCAGUUGAAACGUCAACCUUCAAUGUCAGUGCAAAGAUUCAUUGAUUUUUUAAUUGAACAUAAAAUCAUUGACCGUAAUCUGGGACACGCCUAUGUGGAGGGUUAUGAAAUGGCGAGGUUUAGCGAUGAAGAGAUCCCCGAAGAGCAAUACACGGAAUUUAUGAAACUCGUCUUACAAUUAUUGCGUAAAUUAGGCUUCAAUGGGAAUUAA